GGUUUUUCCAAUAACCAAUUUUUUGAGUCAAAGUGGAAGAAGCUGAAACAAAAUAGUUUCUGCAUAGUGUAAUUUCAAGUUUUCGAGAGUGACUUAGGAACAAAGUCAUUUGAAACAAUUUUAUGCACAUGUAUAACUAUAGACAUGACAUUAUGGCCAACGAAACACCGCCAUCUAGGGCUUCGGUAGAUAAAGCAUCUCUAAAUGACUCGACAGCCUCCGACUUUAAAGUUGCAUAUUUGGCCAACAGAAAAGUUAAAGCUGACGAAACAUCGCCUGCUUCCACACCACUUACGGAAGCCAGCGGCAAUGAGCUUAACCCACCUACAGCAAGUAAUACUCAUAUUCGUCAAUUAGCUCGCGAAAGACCUUUUGCACGUGAGGAAUACAAUAUUAACAACGCUUCUAACGGGAGACCUGCUUCAAUUCGAUCUGCCGCUUCAAUCGGACGACCUGUCAACAAAUUCUUAACCGGUCAUCACGUCAGAAGUCAUUCGAACUAUUCUAACUUCAGCACUAUGAGUGAGACAGCUUUACCUUGGACAACCCAAGAUAUUGGAUUCAAUGCUAUCUCAGGCGUUCUAAACGAUCCUGCUAAAACAAAAGAAUUCAACAGACCCAACAAAGGCGACAUACCACCGGUGUCGCAUGCUUCUAUUCCUCGUAUAAAAUCCAGUGAUUUUGAAAUGUAUUUGAAGCAUAUCGAACCUGUUUUUGAGCGCUACCGACAUAAUAAGCUGAAUAAUAAAGAGGAGGUACAAUUAUCUUAUCAUUCUACACCUACAAACAACGACGAGGAAGAUGCCUCUGCUUCAGCAGCAUUAUCUUCUUCUUCAGCGGCGAGAGGCCGCCGUCAAUCAAAAAGACUCUCUCGGAAUCCUUAUAGCUUACCACAACAUGUGCUAUCGAGUGAGAGUUUUUUAGAUGAUAUUUCAGUUAGGACGCCUCCUCGCGAAUUGCCUAUGAUAGAAAAUGUACCUUCUAUCUUUUUUGCGCCCGAAUUCCGGCUAGAGCACCCCCAUAUAUUUGAUACAGUCUGUGAAGGGGCAGAUAUUGUUGGGGAAUCAGGUUCCAACCUAUCAGUUUCAACCAACUCAAUUCUGCAAGAAAAGUUAUCAAAUUAUUUAGACACAGUGGAAGUUCACUUAUUAUGCGAACUUGAAAAUCGAUCUUCAUCCUUUUUCGAAGCGCUGAGCAACUUGCAAGCUUUACACCAGCAAACCGUGAGUUGCGUUUCGCAGAUUCAUACCAUUCGACAAAGAAUCAAACAAAUACAAAAUACAGAAUGUAAAGACGGAUUAGAGAUAAUUAGACUACAAGUGAGGAAAAGGAAUAUUGAGAAGCUUUAUAAAAUAACAAAAAUCAUAAGGAAUAUCCGAGCUUCGCAGCCUAUGAUACAAAUACUGCUUGGCAAAGGAGAUUAUUUUGGCGCCUUGGAUUUGAUCGAUGAAACAAAGGGUUUAUUGAAUAAGCCAAAAACAGAGGAAGGUGAAGAGCGGCUCGAUCUAGGUUCAAUAAAAGCGCUCUCCAAUUUUUCAAGUCAACUAGACGAAAUGCAAAGAGCAGUAGGCAUCAUGAUGCAGCAUGAUUUUCUGAGUAUUUUGUUAUCAGACUUAUCCUACAGAAUCGAAGGCUUAGAUCAAACAAAAGCAAAAGAAUUACUAUUCAACCAAGCUGAAUCACGAGUGGGUGAGAACGCUGAUGAUAAGUUAUGUAAUUUAAAUUUAGAGGAGACGGAACUACAAGAGAGAUUGAAACCAAGUGCUAUUGGUUUACUGAGGACAGAAAUGUUUUCUGCAACAUUGCAAAAUUAUCGUGAACGGCUUAUGGUGGAAAUUAAAGAUAUUAUUCGAAAACGCUAUCCAAGUAUAUCAGCAACGGGAUCGCCAGCAACAACUCCCCUUGAAGAACAGGGCGGCUACUUGGCAAAACAAUUAAAAUCAAUGCCAUUCUCAUCGUUCUUUCAAAUGUUAUUAGAAAUAUUCUCAACAUUAAUUGUAGCUGUUCACCGUGCCGCAACAUAUCAUCAACUCUUCAUACGAAUUGCUGAAACACAGCGCCUAAAUGAAGAAUCGUUGGCUCAAAUUGAAGGAGAAUCAGCCGAUAUUGUCUAUUCUGCAACUGAUUUGGCACAUGCUCGCUGUGGCAAACUCAUGGGAUUUCGUAGUGACCAAAACGCCCUUUUGAAUUCCAAGGAUUUUUAUCGACUAUCCUAUGUUGUACGCAGCUUUAUUUCCCAAUCUGAAGUGUUUUGUGGACGAACUUGCUAUGGUUUGAGAGGAAACAUCGCUUCACAGGAAAAAGCGUUCAUGGAACAUUUCCACAUGGAACGUGUGAAGCAAGAAACGCAGUUGAUAGAGAAUGAACAGUGGACUGCGAGCGAGGUGCCUUCAGACUUUCAGUUGAUUGUUGAUAGAAUCUGUGAAGGGCGAAUAUCUUCUUUUAGCGACGAUACUAAAUCACAGCAGCAACAAAUGGAUGAAAACGAUGAGAAAUCUUCAAAAUACCUGUAUAUUGAUGGAAAUAAAUUUUACAUCGUUGGCUGUAGUUUGCUUAUUUUGAAAAUGUUCGAAGACUAUUUGAAAUGUGUACUGAAUUUGGAAGAUAUGACAGUCAAUAUCAUGCAAAAAUUAAUAGAAUUGCUAAAGCUUUUCAAUUCAAGAGUAUGCCAAGUGAUUUUAGGUGCGGGAGCAAUGCGAUCUGCAGGAUUAAAGAAUAUCACCGCAAAACACCUGGCAUUGGCUUCACAAUCGCUGGCUAUUAUGAUCGAACUCAUACCAAAAUUGAAGUACUGUAUCAGUUGUCACAUGCCAUCAAAACAAAUUCGUCAAUUAGCUGAUUUUGAUCGUACCAUUAAGGAUUAUACUGAUCAUCAAGGCGAGGUCCACGCAAAAUUAAUUUCAAUUAUGAAAGAAAGAUUCAGUGCUCACGUAAAAGCAAUGCAAGCUAUUCAGUGGGACAAAGAAGAUUCGCAGACAGGUAAACAUGCUAAUACGUACAUGGAAACACUUGUGACUGAAACAGUAAGAUUGCACAAAGUACUUUCUAAAUACUUGCCUGUGCAUGAUUUAAAGUUUAUCAUGACACAAGUUUUCGAAACUUUUACAACUCAACUUUCAACAGAAAUUUCUACUAUAAAGAUAGAUACGCAGGAAGGGAAAGAUCGUCUGAAGAAGGACGCAACAUUCUUCACUCAACGGCUUUCACUACUGAAUAAUGUAGAUCCGCCCUCUAAUGCUGUACUAGAGACAGUGGACAAAAUUAUGAUACCUACAUCGACAAAAGCUAACGAUAACUCAAUAGCAGAAAAAGAAUCGCGACUUGAUAGCGAACAACAAUCAUCCUCUGGAAACAGUUCCACUACAACUUUGUAAUUCGAACAUCCUCAUAUUCCCUUU